GUUGCUAAAUAUAAGAUGAUGAACGGUUAUGAGAGUCUGUCAACGAUUGGUUACGAUUAUAAACAAAAGAUGUUUGCCCGUGUAGUGGGUGGUAUGGCUGGUUGCCUGGCCUUCUCACGACAAAUGUCUGUUAAAGCUCAGUCCGAUCCAACUUUAGCAAAGUCUAUUUAUGAGUUCAGCGCUAAGACCCUGGAAGGAGAGUUGGUUAGUUUUGAUAAGUACAGAGGGAAAGUCCUUGUUGUUGUCAAUGUUGCCAGCAAAUGAGGAAAAACUAAGGUAAAUUACAACCAGCUGGUCAAACUCCAUGAGAAAUAUGGAUCUGAAGCUGGUGGAUUUACCGUCCUUGCUUUCCCCUCGAACCAGUUUGGGUCUCAGGAACCCGGAACUGCUGAGGAGAUCCGGAAGUUUGUUUCCGGAUUCAACGUAAAGUUCGACGUGUUUGAGAAGUGCGACGUGAACGGUCCGAACUCACAUCCUGUGUGGGUUUAUAUGAAGAGUCAGCAGGGAGGACUGUUAGGUGACUCUAUCAAGUGGAAUUUCACAAAGUUUCUGAUCGAUAAGAACGGUCAACCUGUAAAUAGAUACGGACCACUGGAAGAUCCUAUACCUAAGGUUGAAAAGGGAAUUAUCGAAGAACUUGCAAGAUAACGCGUUCAUCCCUUUCUAGUCGAUUUUGUCGCGCUUACAAUCACAUUCUGUCGAUCUAGCUUGUAGUACAAUCUUUCGAACUUGCCUUAAACACAGGCUGUCGAACCAAAAUACACUCAGAACUAGUCAAUUAAUAUUUUAUUUAUACAAAACAACUGAAAGGAAACGAUUGGAUUAUUUGACCUUGUGGUUUGAGGACUCCUGAUCCUCAACAUCUACUUCGUCUUCUUGGAUACACAG